AUGGCAUCACUCAGUGCUGCUACGUCAGCAUCUCAGCAGCUCCCCUCGCGCCGCGACCAACCAUGGCUUCUGCCUUCCAACCGGAAGCUGCGCAAUCUCGUCUCCCUGUCCCUUCGCAACCUCUCCCUCGAUACACGCCACUCCGGCCGAACUCGCGGCAAGACGAUUGACGAUGAUGCCGUACCGCAGACUCUCAAGAGCCCCGCUAAGAUCGUUGCUCAGCGAGAGUUCCGCGCACUGGAGCACUCGAGAAGCUCGGAAGAUUUGAAGAGUUUGAGCAGUCCUAAAGAGGAUGAAGAAUUUUCCACGACAGAGAAAGUCCAGCGCAAUGGCACGCCACCUCGACCACAAAUGCGGCGCAUGCGGAGGAGAAGCACGCUCGAAUGGGCCAAUGCUACGCCGCAGCGGAGGCAGGAGAAGCUGGAGAGGGUGACGGAGGAGAGACUGAUGGAUGUAUUCUUCACGUUACAUGUUCAUGGACUCGAAGAGCCAAUCUACAUCUCGGAGACGGUCAAGAAGGCCAUGAAUCCUACCUUUCGACAUAUCGACCUGUCCGCCUGCUCACCCGGUGUCACGAGGGUUGAUCGUGUCAUUGUGCGGGUGUGGGUGAAGAAAGCCAUGGCUGAAAGCCAAUGGAAGCUGCUGUUGGAAUUGGAGACGGCAUUGCACCGAUUGCAGUACUUGGGCAAGGGCUUCGACCAGUUGACUACGCCUUUGCCCCAGAACGCCGUCAUUCUGCAUCUCACGGAUGGCAUAUACACCACCUUUAAAAACUUUAUUCCCAUGCCACCAACAAAGGGCGCACCAGCAGCAAGGGCGAAUAACUCGCGCGUCCUCCCAACCUCAUCAUUCGAUGCUCUCUUACGACUCUCGAAACUAGAUGACAGCAUUCAGGACGCGCUUGCCAUUCGAAACCGAAUCGCCUCGGAACUCGAGGAUAUAUUCGAGGCCAAUCGAGCAGCACUCACCGAGCAGGACCAGGUCUCGGAAGCGCAGGACCGGCUCAAAACGAUAGAGUAUGCGCAGAAAACGGUCGAGAAGCAGCUGGAGAAAGCACGCAAGCAAGCGGCGGAGAAACGAGAAUCACUUAUUGUACGGCGGAAUCUCAUGCGCAGCGAUCUCUCGACACGUGAGGAAACCUCGCAACAGAUGCACCGUUCGGCCGCCGAGGUGAGCCAGAGCAAAGACGACCGAGGCAUCAAGCAGCGCGCCAACACUGCGCAGCGCAGGCGCGUCUGUGAAGAUGUGCAGACCAUCUAUCCGAUCCAGCCCAUCGCCGGCCAAAGCCUGGCCUUUACAAUUCGCAACCUGCACCUUCCCAACUCCGACGACCUCGAGGCCGAAUCCGCGGACACAGUAGCCGCCGCCCUCGGCCACGUGGCCCACGUUCUACUCUUGCUGAGCUUCUACCUCGACCAUCCCCUCCCAUACCCCGUGACUGUGCGCGGCAGCACCAGCCUCAUCUCAGACCCCAUUUCUCUCCUCAAAUCCACUUCCAAAAUCACCACAGCGCCAGAAGACCCCAAACAGCGCCGCUACCCACUAUUCUCCCGCGGUGUCCCGCGUUUCCGCUUCGAGUACGCGGUCUUCCUGCUCAACAAAGACGUGCAGCUGCUCCUGGAGAGCGGGUUUGGCGUUCGGGUGCUGGAUCUACGACACACGCUGCCGAACUUGAAGUACCUGCUGUACGUGGCGACGGCGGGGGAGGGGGAGCUGCCGGCGCGCAAGGCAGGGGGUGUGAGGGGAUUGAGUAGUGCGAUGGGGAGCAGGAGGGGGAGCGAGAGGAGUGACGGGUCUAGCACGCUCGUGGAGAGUGUUGGGGCUGGGGAGGGCAAGGCGGCGGUGGAGAGUUUGAUGCGGAAUAUGGGUGGUUGGGGGAGGAAGGGGAGUGCGUUGCGGUGA